AUGACUACUGAUUAUUCUGAAAACGACAAAUUAUUCUUAGGUCUUGAUUUAUCCACUCAACAAUUGAAAAUCAUAGUUACUAAUGAAGAUUUAAUCCCUUUGAAAACCUACCACGUUGAAUUUGAUGCUGAAUUCAAAGAAAAAUACAACAUCACUAAAGGUGUGGUUAAUGGAGAAGAUGGUGAAGUUAUAAGUCCUGUUGGUAUGUGGUUGGACUCUAUGAAUUAUGUAUUUAAUUCUAUGAAGAAGGACAAAUUCCCAUUUGAUAAAGUUGUUGGUAUUAGUGGAUCAGCACAACAACAUGGUUCAGUUUAUUGGAGUCAUGAAGCUAAUGAACUUUUAUCUGAUUUAAAACCAGAAGAAGAUUUAUCAGAACAAUUAAAGGAUGCAUUUUCUUGGGAAUAUUCACCAAAUUGGCAAGAUCAUUCAACUUUAAAAGAAGCUGAAGCAUUCCAUGAAGCUAUUGGUAAAGAAAAUUUAGCUAAAAUUACCGGAUCUAGAGCUCAUUUAAGAUUUACUGGAUUACAAAUUAGAAAAUUUGCUACUAGAUCUCACGUUGAAGAAUAUGCUAAAACUUCAAGAAUUUCUUUAGUUUCUUCAUUCCUUACAAGUGUUUUAAUUGGGAAAGUUACUGGUUUGGAAGAAAGUGAUGCUUGUGGUAUGAAUCUUUAUGAUAUCACCAAAAGUCAAUAUAAUGAAGAAUUAUUAGCUUUAGGUGCUGGUGUUCAUCCAAAGAUUGACGGUGUUGAUAAGAAUGACGAAAAAUACCAAAAAUCCAUUGAUGAACUUAAACAGAAAUUGGGUGAUAUCACACCAAUUACAUAUGAAUCAUCUGGUGAUAUUUCUCCAUAUUUUGUUGAUACUUAUGGAUUUAACAAAGAUGUUAAAAUUUACUCAUUUACUGGUGAUAAUUUGGCAACUAUUUUAUCCUUACCAUUACAACCAAAUGAUUGUUUGAUCUCAUUAGGUACUUCCACUACAGUUUUGAUUAUUACUGAAAAUUAUCAACCUUCUUCUCAAUAUCAUCUUUUCAAACACCCAACAAUGCCAGAUAGUUACAUGGGUAUGCUUUGUUAUUGUAAUGGAUCCUUAGCCAGAGAAAAGGCAAGAGAUGAAGUUAAUAAACAAAACAAAGUAUCUGAUUCCAAAAGUUGGGAUAAAUUUGAUGAGAUUUUGGACAAUAGUAAACACUUCAAUCAUAAAUUAGGUAUUUAUUUCCCACUUGGUGAAAUCAUUCCUCAAGCUCCUGCUCAAACCAUUAGAGCUGUUUUAGAAGAUGGUAAGAUUAUUCCUUGUGAAUUAAAUACUCAUGGAUUUAGUAUUGAUGAUGAUGCAAAUGCUAUUGUUGAAUCUCAAACUUUAAGUUGUAGAUUAAGGGCAGGUCCAAUGUUGAGUAAUUCUGGUGAUAGUUCAAGUGAUGAUGAAUCACCUGAAUCUACUAAAGAAUUAGAGAAUAUUUAUAAAGAUUUGACAAGUAAAUUUGGUGAAUUGUAUACUGAUGGUAAGAAACAAACAUUUGAAUCAUUAACUGCUAGACCAAAUAGAUGUUAUUAUGUUGGAGGAGCAUCAAAUAAUCCAAGUAUUAUUAAGAAAAUGGGAUCAAUUUUUGGUCCAGUUAAUGGUAAUUAUAAAGUUGAAAUUCCAAAUGCUUGUGCAUUAGGUGGUGCUUACAAAGCAAGUUGGUCUUUUGCUUGUGAAGAAAAGGGUAAAAUGAUUAGUUAUGCUGAUUAUAUUACUAAAUUAUUUGACACAAAUGAUGAAUUGGAUCAAUUUCAAGUUGAAGAUAAAUGGGUUGAAUAUUUUGAAGGUGUUGGUAUGUUAGCUAAGAUGGAAGAGACUUUAUUAAAACAAUAA